GCUAGGUUCCUACUCAACGCUUUCCAACCUAAGAAUAUACAUAUGAGUGUGCGCCUGUGUAAUAUCACAGUUAUUAGGGGAAUUAUCAUGGUUGCAAACAUGGGUCAUCCCAAUUACAUCCACCCGGAUCUCCAUGUUGCGAAAAUUGCCACCCCGACACCCCGCAUGCCAAAACGCUCUGUUUCAAGUGACACAACAUUCUAGGAAAGAAAUAAGUCCUCAGACAUGACUUCCGAGUAUACGAGCCCUAGAAUGCUUAAUGACGCACUCUACAUCCUGAAAGAUCGCCUUGGAUUCAUAUUUUUUCCUCUUCCCUUACCAACCAUGUCUCGUUCAAAACAAAGAUAUAUUGAAGCCACUGCAACUCUUCCGAAAUUUCUUGGAUUGAGCUUUGAUCGGGCAGGCCAUUAUAAUCCUCAUUUCAUAUUCCUUAAGGCAGGGGGAACAUUAUCACUUUUUCCCCCAGAGGGUCGAAGAAUGACAUUUUGAAUAUGGCUGGCCGUCCAUGUGGAUUAAUGGUCGCAGUGCAUGUUCUCUGCCAGAACUACCUGCAAAUUCGGGUUUCUAUCUCUUCUAUCGAUUUGGAGUUGGUAAAAAUUCCAAAGCAAAGUACUUCAAAAAGGGAUCACUGGAAUAUGUCUAAACUCUCUCCAAGUGUUAACAGAGGGUACUCAAGUACAAUUACUGUCAUGUCAUGGGCGGAGCUAAUAAUCGACAAACGGAAGCAAUCUUGGUUCAAGAGGCGGGGGAUGAAGCGGAUGUGAUAAGUCUUGAUAAGUUUUGGCCUUUCAGUAUGCUUGCCCACUGGUUUUCAAUGAGUGUAUACUAUAUAUGUCUUGGAAAUUAUAGAGCAAUGAUGAGGCGGUAACGGAUGGGAAUCUCUUGACCUUCAAGGAAGUAUUCGGUGUAUCAGUAGAAAAUGUGGUUGUUUCACCCAGCAUUAUUUAGAGCGCCUUUGUACUGCGUAUAGUUAGAUUUCGGCUUAGCCGAGAUAAGUUAAGCGAGCUUGCUUAACUAUGAACAAACGACGCUGAAGGAAAUACAACUUCCAAGAUUAUCAGCAAGGGUUGAUCUAAAAAAGAUAUAUAUCGGGAUUCACUGAGCGAUAGAUAUUUUAAUAAAUCUGCAUAAUAACCCUGAAUUAUGGAUCGUUUUCGUAUCGCCAACCCGUUCGUUCGGCCGAUUUCGCUACAUAUCCGCUUAACCGUCCAUGUUGCUAUCGGGUUGUGACUGACCGCGCCCAACAUGUGGCCACUUAAAUAUCUGGCAUUCACUUCUUGGACUGCAUUGGGGUUUACCUCGUGGCAUCUGUCGCCUGCAUUGAAUUUCGAUAGCCGAGAGGCGACGAUCGAAACAGUCCACGGUGAGCUAUUCUCAGGGAGGACAUCAUGUCGGGAAGUCGUAUUCUCCUUCCUGGCCCGGAUCGAGGAAUACAACCCGAAAAUCAACGCAGUUGUGAGCCUAAACCCGCGGGCGUUAGAGUAUGCGGAUGAUAUGGACAAAGCUUUCGGGGAGAAUAACGCCAACGGAUCCCUCUUUUGCAUCCCGAUCCUUUUAAAGGAUAAUUACAACACUGUCGACAUGAAAACCACUGGAAGUUCCAGGGCCCUGAAAGACUCCCAGCCAACAGCUGAUGCUCCAUCCGUCAAGGCACUCCGUGAUUCAGGGGCGAUUAUUCUAGGAAAAGUGAAUCUACACGAGCUUGCCCUCGAGGGUCUCUCGGUCUCUUCUCUUGGUGGUCAAACUUUGAAUCCCUAUGACUUGACCCGCACACCUGGCGGCAGCUCUGGCGGAACUGGUGCAGCCAUUGCAGCUUCAUUUGCGGUACUAGGGACGGGAACUGAUACAGUUAACUCAUUGAGGAGUCCCGCAAGCGCCAAUAGCCUGUUCAGUAUCCGUCCUACCCGUGGCCUGAUCUCUCGGACUGGAGUUAUUCCUGUCUCAUAUACGCAAGACGUUCUCGGGCCAAUUGCGCGAAGCCUGAAGGAUGCUGCUACUGCUCUCACGGUUAUGGCAAAUAUUGGAUAUGAUCCCCAGGACAACGCGACGGCUCUUGUCCCAGAAUCCGUAUUGGGUGUCGACUAUACUAAAGCGCUAGUUGCCCCAGGUAGGUUGAAGGGCAUUCGCCUAGGCUUAAUUGAGGGCUUCUUCAACCGCACUCGAGACUCCGAGACAAGCCCUGUGAAUAAAGUGAUGAACGACAUGAUAUCAAAGCUCCGAGCAGCGGGUGCUACUGUUAUUACCAUCCACGAAAGCAUCUACAAUUCAAUCGAGAUUUCCAAGGACCUGGAUGUGCAGAGGUUCGAGUUCCGCGAACUGAUGGACGCGUACCUACAGAGCGAAACACUUGGAGGGUCUCGCCCGUCGAGUCUAGCCGAGCUGUACAGCAGCGGGGGGUAUCUUGUGAUUCCUGAACAACACUCCUACGUGACGACCGCCCUCGUUUCAUCAACAAGCAACGCAACUUACGCAGCGAGACAAUAUGGAAUCCAACACCUCAAACUUGCCCUGCAAACUACCUUCAAGUCUCACUCUCUAGACGCCAUCAUUUAUCCCGAACAGCAAAAUCUGGUUGUGAAAACGGGCUCCCCUUCACAAUCUGGUCGCAAUGGCAUUUUAGGAGCUGUCACAGGGUUUCCAGUUGUUACCAUUCCUGCAGGAUUCUCACCAGCAAGUAAGGAUGCGCCGGACGGUGUACCCAUUGGGAUGGAGAUACUGGGGUUACCUUGGACGGAACAGAAGUUGCUCAGUAUCGCGAGCAGCAUUGGAAAUUUAGAGCAAGUUAGACGCAUGCCACGGUUGGUUUCAAAGCCUGUGCGGUCUAAGAAGUAUAACUCUGUUCCCAUUAUUAACCCAAAUUCGGACGGCAUUUCUGGGACUUAUCCGCUUGGUCUCCUCGGAAAUGAGUAAUUGAGACUCCAUUUGGGUGUCAAUAUUUAUCUUUGCCAAACAUAACAUGCACGGACAGCUUUAAUGGCGAUGGUGGGAGGAUGCAUAGAACCUCCACUUGGAAUUUAUAGAUACCUUCUAUGGAGACUACAUAAUCAAAAGGGUGUUCUCACCCUUCGUUAUGCAGCUUGGAUUUCUUUCUGGCCUGGCUCACUUUAAGCCAUUGAAACCCGUAUCAAGGGUUCUGAUGAGUGACUCACUGGUCUCAUUUACAGCAGUUAUAUGGAUAAAAAUUAUUUUCAAGACCUAUAAGUGUCUACCUAGGCAUGUAGAUAGGCCUAUAUAAUGAAUUCUAUGUUAUCAAUUGAUAUGCCGCAGUUAUAUCUCCUUG